AUGGGUCUUCAGGCUCAUGCUGUAGCGUCAUCCGAUGGCUGGCUUCGGCCGCUAUUCUGGUUUCUGCUCGUCUGCUCCAACUUUGGCUCUACUGACCAACUCCGCAACUUCCUCGAUCUGCCUUUUGACGACCCGCUGAACCUCUCGCCGGCGAUGCUGCGCAACCACCACCGUAUUCGUCGUCAGGAGAAAGAUUGCCCCACCAGACGCCAGUUUAUCUGCUACGCUUACGAUGUUGUGGAAGAGCCGUAUCCGGAUUGGCUACAAAAUACCGAGGCCAAGUGUGAAAAAUGCAAGACUGAUAUCGUAUGCAAGGACACGGACAAGGUGGAGACCGCCACCGAUGAUGGCAGACUUCAAUCUGGCCCGUAUGCGCAGUUCAUGAGCGAGGAAGAGAAUCUGCGACUCGACGUGAUCAUCAACACCACCGUCGCCCCUACGAAUCAGAGCGACCCCACGGUGAAACCAGAAGCCAACUCCCGGCGAAUUCUGAACAAAUAUCAGUUCAACCACGCUCAGGCGCUCGACGACGAAGGAGGCCGACGGCGGAUUUGCAAAGGGAGAACGGAACCGACAACGAUUGCACCGAGCGCCAGCGGUCCGAAUGAGGACGAAUCCGGGCUUGGCCUAAGAUUGGCCGUGGCGGCCGCUGUCGUCGGCAUCUGCCUCUUGGCAGCCGUCGCCACCGUCGGUGUCUUGUAUAAGCAAAAGCGCAUCUUCUACCACCAACUGGCGGAACCGUUGCCGCAACAUCAUGUGGCCGCAAAUGUUGAACUGGCAUGGCAGCCCUAUGGCGGUAGUUGGGAGGCGCGCUUCUACCGAAAGGUCACUGGCCAGCCGCCAAAAGUGAAGCCCAGCUCACUUGGAUACUCGCUGAAAGGGCAUUUGGCCCUUUGCAUGAAGAGUGAGAAACUGAACCCCGGGGUGCCGUGGCCGCUGAACGGAAAGGGUUGCCCGAUCCCAUCGACUAACGAACCGAUCCGCGACCCGGUGGUAGUCGCCGAAACGCUGCUCAGUGCGCUCGCACAGGACAACUUGGUUACGGUGUACAAUUCCCCGCGCAUGACUACCGAGCAGCUGCGCAACGGCUUCGACCCCAACGACGAAUCGGCCGAAUUGACGCGUCUCCGCCUGUCGCUGCAAUGGAACGAUCCGUGUAACGUGGAGGCCGAUGGUCCCGAGUGGCCCUAUAACACGAGCCGCGGGUGCGCCCAAUACUUCAACAAGCAGAUGAUCGACGAUUUCCGAGCGAUGCACGGCAUCGACUUCAUCAUCCGUGCCCACCAGUCUGUUCCGACGGGCGUCAGCUUCUUCGGCAAUUGGCUCAUCUCGCUGUUCACCACGCCGCAUAAGGACAGCUUCGGAGCCAUUUUGCGCUACGACGGCAACAAGUUCACCUUCUUGCACAUCAUCCCGCCCACCUUAGACGUUACAGACGUUGCGUCGCUAGACCACUGUUUUGCACAGGCCAUGGGAUUCAAGCCCUUCGAGCCGGAAUCGCAGCAGCAGAAUCCUGCUGAAAAAGCCCCCGUAGCCCCUGAGGAGCAGCGUACUGAACGUAUCCAUCUCGCCGCGCCGGCCGCGCCCGCCGCCACCAAA